UAUAUAUACCUGUUAAUAAACAUGUUCCGUGUUUACCGAUCAUGGCUCUUUCAAUGUGGAAUACCCCUAAGACGAUGUUCUCUAUCCAAAACUGCAUUGAAUUCCAAAUCAGAAGAAGUUGAAGAGCUGGAAGUACCAGCUAACAGACAGAAGGUUGAGAUACCACCGAAUCCCGAUGAAAAACUUAGCCAACGCUAUCUGGAGUUCCGGGAAAAGCUGCGAUCGGAGGCGCCGCAGGGACCUCUGCCCGAAUGUGCACCACAUCCGGCCCACGAAAAGGAGCCAUUGAAGCCAUGGCCCAAUAAUACCAAUCCCUAUACUGGAGAAAUCGGCGGCCAGGCUGGACCAGAGCCCACGCGCUAUGGCGACUGGGAGCGUAAGGGUAGAGUCACGGAUUUCUAAAGGAAUGAAAUUUUCACUUCGACACCUUUGUUUGGACAAUUCUGAUUUAUUAACCGUGUUAACAACAGAAGCACUCACAAUUUGUUACACUCUCGCUGGGGCGGGGCAAACUAUGCGUUACAGUAGCCCCGAAAUCCAGAUCAAGAUGAGGAAAGACAAGAUUUCCCAGAGCUGCUUCUGCGAAGGCAUUACAUAAAUUUCUUUGUGGUUUCUUUGGAGAGGAUUUGUGGAUGGCCCUGCUGCCAUCAAAAAUAAAUUGAUAGCCCUUUCUUUUGGUAGUCAGUCGAGAAGGGGUUCUCAGAAAAG